AUGCAGCUCUUUGAGGAGACCGUCAUGACCCUGGUGAAGAAGGAGCUGAGGAGAGUACAAUGGUUCCUAAGUCCAGGUGACCAGAAGAACCUGUAUGAUGAGGAAGAGGCGGAGUUAAAGUGUGAAGAGGAGGAGAUGAGGGGUAAUGCAAAAGCUCUCCUGCAGAUCUUCAUAAACAUCCUGAGGAGCAUGAAAGCGGAGAAUCUUGCAGAUGUUCUGUGGAGAAGAAGUCGUGCUGCGGAGUGUGCAGGACAACUGAAGAGGAGGCUGAAGGAGAAGUUCCACAGUGUGUCUGAGGGGGUCGCUAAAGAAGGAAUGUCUGUCCCUCUGAAUGAGAUCUACACAGAGCUCUACAUCACUGAGGGGGGCACAGACCAGGUCAACCAGGAGCACGAGGUCCGACAGCUCGAAGAAGCAACCAGGAUCCAGACCAGACCAGGAAGUACCAUCAGAGCAGAAGACCUCUUUAAAGCCUCAACUGAAAGAAAGCAACCAAUCAGGAGCCUGCUGACGAAGGGCGUGGCUGGCAUUGGGAAGACCCUCCUGACACAAAAGCUGAUUCUGGACUGGGCUGAAGACAAAGCCCACCAGAACUUUCAGCUCAUGUUUCCUUUCACCUUUAGAGAGCUGAACCUGCUGAAAGAGAAGAAGAUGAGUUUGGUGGAAGUUGUUCAUCACUUCUUUCCUGAAGCUAAAGACUCAGGAUUCAGCAGCUUUGAAGAAGUUCAGGUUCUGUUCAUCUUGGACGGUCUGGAUGAGUGUCGACUCCCUCUGGACUUCAACAGUCGGGUCCUGACAGAAGCUACAGAGUCCACCUCAGUAGACGUCCUGCUGACCAACCUCAUCAGGGGGAAGCUGCUUCCCUCAGCUCACCUCUGGAUCACCACACGACCUGCAGCAGCCAAUCAGAUCCCUCCUGAGUGUGUGGACAUGGUGACAGAGGUCAGAGGGUUCACUGACCUCCAGAAGGAGGAGUACUUCAGGAAGAGGUUCAGAGAUGAGGAGCAGACCUCCAUCAUCUCUCACAUAAGGAGCUCACGAAGCCUCUACAUCAUGUGUCACAUCCCCAUCUUCUGCUGGAUCACUGCCACAGUUCUGGAGGACAUGUUGAAGAGCAGAGAGACCGGAGGGCUGCCCAAGACCCUGACUGAGUUGUACAUCUACUUCCUGGUGGUUCAGGCUAAAGUCAAGAAGCUCAAGUACCAUGGAGGAGCUGGGACAGACACAGUUUGGGAUCCUGAGAGCAGGAAGAUGAUUGAGUCUCUGGGAAAACUGGCUUUUGAGCAGCUGCUGAGAGGAAACUUGAUCUUCUACGAAUCAGACCUCACAGAGUGUGGCAUCAACGUCACAGCUGCUGCACUUUACUCAGGAGUCUUCACGCAGAUCUUCAGAGAGGAGAGAGGACUGUACCGGGACAAGGUCUUCUGCUUCAUCCACCUGAGUCUUCAGGAGUUUCUGGCUGCUCUUCAUGUCCACCUGAAGUUCUUCAACACUGGAGUCAAUCUGCUCGACUCACUGCUUACAUCGACGCUGUCAAAAAUCUUCAGAAAGAAACUUCACUCAGACCAGUUCUACCAGAGAGCAAUAAGUGCUGCUUUAAAAAGUCCAAAUGGACAUCUGGACUUGUUCCUGCGCUUCCUACUGGGUCUUUCUCUGCAGACCAAUCAGAGUCUCCUUCCAGGUUUGUUGACACAGACAGGAAGCGGCUCCUGGACCCAACAGGACACAGCACAGUUCAUCAAGAAGAAAAUAAGCGAGAAAGUGUCUCCAGAGAGAAUCAUCAAUCUGUACCACUGUCUAAGUGAAGUGAAGGACACUUCUCUAGUGGAGCAGGUCCAAAGGCAGAUGAGAUCAGGAGCCUUCUCCACAGAUCAGCUGUCUCCUGCUCAGUGGUCCACCCUGGCCUUCAUCUUAUCGUCCUCAGAGAAAGAUCUGGACGUGUUUGACCUGAAGAAAUACUCUGCCUCUGAGGAGGUUCUUGAGAGGCUGCUGUCAGUGGUCCAAAUUUCAAAGGAAGUUCUACUGAGAGACUGCGAUCUGUCAGAGAGAAGUGGUUCCCUUCUGUCCUCAGUCCUCAGCUCUCCAUCCUCUAGUCUGACACAACUGGACCUGAGCAAGAACAAGCUGAAGGAUCCAGGAGUGGAGCUGCUGUCUGCUGGACUGAAGAGCCCACACUGUCACCUGCAGUCUCUCAGCCUUAGUGGGUGUGAUCUGUCCGAGAGAAGUGGUUCCCUUCUGUCCUCAGUCCUCAGCUCUCCGUCCUCUGAUCUGACACAACUGGACCUGAGCUACAAUGACCUGAGGGAUCCAGGAGUGGAGCUGCUGUCUGCUGGACUGAAGAGUCCGCACUGUCAGCUGAAGACUCUCAGGUUGUCUAACCGUGGACCAGAGUGGUUAAACAUCUGA